GGCGUGGUGGGGGUGUUGUGGGAAGUGUUGGCAGUCGAGGCGCUGUAGUCGGCUGUGAUGUCCCCGCUGCUGCUGCUGCUGUUCGCGCUGUUCACGUUGCUGGUCCCGGGCUCCGCGCUCUCGCGGACUCAGAAGGAGCGACAGCAGAAGCCCGAGGUCACGCUGCUGGAGGCGGACGCCAGCGUGUGGGAGCGAGACCUGGUGACUCUCUCGCCACGCUCCAAGGACAUCGUGAAGGAGCACGGGACCUUCUGCCCUCGACGGAACCUCUCCACUCACUUGGCUGGCCCGGUUCUCGGCUACAUCACACCGUGGAACAGUCAUGGAUAUGAUAUUGCAAAAACUUUGGGGUCAAAGUUUACGACCAUUUCUCCAGUAUGGCUGCAGGUGAAACCCAAGGUUCAGGGGUCAUAUGAUGUCACAGGUCGCCAUGACGUUGAUCAAGGGUGGAUACGGGACGUGAAACGAGGAAAAAAGGAUCUCAAAAUCCUUCCCCGCGUGCUCUUUGAGGCAUGGAGCAUGGCGGAUUACGCGCAAGUGUUUGGCAGUCGUAAAGAAGCAAAACUACUGAGCAAGGCCCUCAUAAAAGUCGCCAAGACGGACAAGUUUCAUGGAUUUGUGCUGGAGGUGUGGAGUCAGUUUGGCGGCCAUAAGAAAAGCGAUCUCAUGAAGCUGAUCGAGCGCCUGGCCGAAGACUUCCACGCGGAGCAGCUUAAGCUCAUCCUGGUCAUUCCUCCCGGCAUCGUCCCGGGGCCCGGGGAGCAACGUGGCGAGUUUGGAGAAGCCGAGUUUGCUCGCCUGGUGCUCACCGUGGACGCAUUCAGCCUCAUGACCUACGAUUACUCCAACCCGGCACGGCCCGGGGCGGUGGCGCCGCUGGGCUGGAUGAGGAGGUGCGUGGAGUCGCUUGACCCGCUCUCCCUGCACCGCGAGCGCAUGCUGCUCGGAGUCAACCUCUACGGCAUGGAGUACAGCGCCACAGGAGGGCAGCCCAUCCUGGGGAUGCGGUACUUGGAGAUUUUAAUGAAGCACAAGCCCAAGCUAAAGUGGGACGAAGAGACAGCCGAGCACUUCUUUGAGUACAAAACGGACAGAGGCGGCAAGGGGAUCGUGUUCUUCCCAACACUGCAGUCGGUGUGGGAGCGCCUGCACCUGGCGAGCAGCCUGGGCACGGGACUGGCUCUCUGGGAGCUGGGGCAAGGCCUCAACUACUUCUACGACCUGCUCUGACCUCAAAGAGAGUGCGCGCGCGCGCAGACCACACGGCUCCGUUGCCAUUCUGACUCGUGCGUAAAAAAAAGAUUAAUAUUUUUUGGACACGUUCUAAUAUAAUUGGCUGCAAUGAUGUACGCGUUUGGGAUUAUUCUCGGAUAAUUUAUAAACGUCUGCUUUUGUGCUGA